AUGGUUUCCGUCCCAGCAAAAACGACUCUAUCCUCUUGUGGAUUCGUCUUCUCGGAGCUUAAGUCUGUAGCCGUUGCCAUCGCCUCCCUCUAUGUCACUGAGAAACCCCACUGUGAUGGAAUCGCCAACCCCAAGGAUCCGGAGGGUGGUUCCUGGCUUGACCCCUUGGCCGGGCCGUAUCCCUUUGAAUUUGAGUGGCGCAUGAGAUGCCAUCGCGGCUUAGAUCGUAGAUUACCCUUUGACUACUUUGACGAUGAUUUGACGCUUGAUAUCCUCGUUGGUGAUGUGUGCACGGCCAACAUCAAGAUCUGUGACGUUGGUUUCAGACGGAGCCCCUCAACAGCUGAGGCUCGACCCAAGGAAUGCAACAACAAAGCCAAGAACAUGAAUGCGGAGACUCGUCUAGCUGAAAGUGUGAACAUAAAACUGAACAAGCCUAGUGCAGCUUCGAUCGCCAGCUCUAUUGAUAGACGAACAAUCACAAAAUUUCGGGCGUGCCGUUCAGGAGCGUGGCUGUCUUUGUUUCUGGCGGGACCCCCACAUGGUGGUUAA